CGGUGGCCUCCCAGAGUGCUAGGAUUACAGGCGUGAGUCACCAUGCCCGGCCAGUUUUAGAACAUUUUCACAGGUGAAUUUUAAAGCCACAGGAUUGGAUGAGAAAGGAGGCUGAGCACCGAGCCCUGGGGUACUACAUUGUCCAGAGGUUAGGGAGAUGAGUGGGGAUUGGAAGCCAAGUGAAAAUGGCAUUUGAAGGAGGAGAGAGCUAUCAUGACACGUAGGCUGCUGAUGACGAGGCAAGUGAGGUGAGGACUGAGAACUGAUCAUUGGGUUUAGCAGUGUGAAGGUGACCUGGACAAGAGCAGUUCCAGUGGCAUGGUGGCCCACAUCAGAGAUGGUUAGGCCGAAUGGGAGAAGAGGAGCAGAGACAGUGAGUUCAGACAGCCUAUCAAGGAGUUUCGUUAUAAAGAGCAUAGAGAAAUGGGGCAGUUGCUAGAGGGAUGUCAGAUAAAUUACUGAGCAAUGUCUAAGGAGGGGAGAAGAUUUAGGACCUGGGGCAUGGGUUUAUCUUCCCUAGGAACCUGGAUUUUUCAUCCUGAGGACCACGAGAGAAGGUGGAAAUGGGGUAGUUGGGAAGAUGUGGUGGGAGUUUGUGGAAGUUCUCUUCCAAUUUUUUAUUAUUUUCUUGGUGAAAAAUGAAGCAAACCAUCAGGUGCAAAUGAGGAUGAAGUACAGAUGAUGGAAGUUAGGAAGGGUCAGUUAGUAGGAGACAGCCAUCUACAUAAGAGUGGGAGAAUGGAUUUGGAGGGGUGAGAUUCUGAACUUGGCUCUCAGGGCUCUGCUUCACCCCCGUCCAGCCUCUUCUCUGCUUUUACUUUCCAGCUACACUGGCUGCCUUUCAGCCUCUCUGCCUUUUCCCUUUGCCAGGAAGAGUCUUCCCCUUGCUGCUUGAGAGGCCUGUGAGACAUCUAAGUGGGGACAGCAUGGGGGCUGAGAGAUCGGCCUGGAGGGUGGGAUGGUGUGGUAGAGAGGCUGAGAGGAGGGACGGGAGUGGAGAAACAACUUGGGAGUUAUUGACACAUUCUCUUAUGAGGUGAAGUCCCUGCUGUCACCAAGCUUAUGUUCUAGUGGGGGGAUGGGAACCACAUAAACGAGGAACUGUGUGUCCACCAGGAGGAAAAUAAAGCAGGUAAGAUGGUCAGGGAGGGAGUGGUCAACAAAGCUUUACUGAGAGGUGACAUUUGAGCAAAGACGUAGAUGUCAGAGUGAGCUGAGCAGAUUUUUGGAGGAAGAAUAGUGUAGGUGGAGAAGAUGGCAGCACUUAGUAUGUCAGGGUAGCUGGAGUGGAGUAUGGUGAUAGAAGGAUGAGGAGGAGGGCUGGGAGGUACUGGGGCUUAUUGGCCACUGCUAGGACCAGUGUUCAUGCCAGGUGAGAUGGGAGCUGUUGAGGGUUUUGAGCAGAGGGACGUAGUCUGACUUACAGGAUAACAAAGCCUGUGGCUGCCGUGUGCAGAACAGGAUGUGGGGCAGAGGAGGAAGCCAAGAUUGCAUAGCUAUAGCUGUCAUCUUUGUCAGGAAUGGGUGACCUUCCUGGGAUCUAAGAGUGGGCAACUGGUAGAGGAGAGACUGGCCGAGGAGUCUGAAGGUUGGAGGAAGCCGAGAGGGAGCAGUGGUUUCAGAAAGAGAGGGUGUUGAAAGCUGCAGAGAGAUGGGAGUAGAAAUCUGAGAAGCACCUACUGGAUCUAGCAAGGUGGAAGUUUUGAGGGGCCUCAAGGAGAGUAGCCUCAGUGGUGGAGUGGGAUCGAGAGAGAAGGAAGGUGAGGAAGUGAUGCCAUCCGUGGCGGAGGGACACCUUUCUGCUGUGCUUGUUUGGUGGGACUAUGGGGCUGCAGAGCUGCAUGCUUUAUUUGCUUUGAUGAAGGAUGCGUGUGCAGGGCUGGGUGCCGUGGGUACUGGCGUUGAGGCCUGGGAGACUGGCCCGACUGCUGGGGCAUGGAUGAAGUGCAUGCACUUCUUUGGGUAUGAAACCCAGCCUCAUGAAUGGUGGUCAUAGAGAUGUCCUGUUUUGUAGUUCUCAGCUCACGCCCAUUUUGACCAGAAGGCAUGUCCCUACCAGCUUUGUUUUCAAGAGGCCCUAAGCAUCUCCAAAGAUAGCUCUCAGUACAGCACAAUGGGGAGGAGGCUGGGAUGUUAUGGGCGGCUGGCUUUUUGUUCCACAUCACCUUACUUCAGGAAGCUCCUUUCUGUUCUGUACCUGGAGCUCCUCCAGUCUGUCUGCCUAUCCCUGCUCCCUCUGCUUUGCUUCCCCACGCCCUGUACCUGCCCCCAGCAUUUCUUUCUCUGGCCUGGUCACUUGGCCACCAGGUGUCGCCCUGGCAGCCAGGAUCAGUGCUUCUGGCCUUUGAGGUGUGGUUUGUCCAUAGGAGGGUGCUAGUGGCCCAACUUUUCCCCCACGGGGGAAAAUAAGUCACUUGGCCCCCUCUUCGGGAAUCUUCAGAGCCACUGGUGCUUUUGGACUGAGGCAAGGCCUGACUCUGGAUAAUGGGAGAGUCCCUGAGAUGUUCAGGUAAUGAGAAGUAGGAGUUGCUAGGGCCCAAACAGCAAAGCAAGGUUGAAAAGGGAAAGAUUAUGCCAUGUGGAAGCAGGUGAUAGUUAAACAAAAAAAAGAAAAGAGAAGAAAAAGGAAAGAUUAAAGAAACCUAAUCCGUUGAGCAGUGACUAAGGUCGGAGAGGAAGGAGAAAGCUUAUGGAAGGUAGGAAAUGUGAGAUGGGAGUUAGUGGUCUGAAAAGUCUGGAGGUGGAGGGCAGAAGGAGAAGGGCAGGUGUGAACCUAAGAGAAGUUGUCCUCUGUGGUGAAAGCAGUUCUUUUCCCCAGGAGGAAAAGAGGAAACCUCCCAGAGGAAAGCUGAGAGUUUGCCUUGGGACACAAAUGACCUGUGUCCUUUUGUCCUCAAAUACAGUUGAAACUCUGCUUUUCCAGUGCUGAGGCGGCCCUUGCAGUGUCUGGGAAGUUGGUUUUGAGGGUCUUCUACAGAAAUGAGCCAGGAUCUUAAUCUUCCCUGAACUCCCCACAGUUCCACAACUUCCCAGGGAGUCUUCAUGAAUCUUUGUGAGCCUUUGUCAGCAGGGACAUAACUUAGGCUUGAGAACUUUCUUUCAUAUCAGAAAACUGUGCACCAGGAUUCUCAUCCAAGUCACAGCAGAGAGACCUGAGGGAUGUGGGCAGCCCAGGCCCCAGCCAGCCUGGAGAGAAAAGACCUGAAGAGGCAGCAGCCCUUGGGCUGUAUCACCGCCUCACAGUGCUGGGAAGAGCCCUGGGGCACAGCCUUCAGCAACGAGCAUCCUCCACAGCCAAGACUUGGUGGGACAGAUAUGAAGAGUUUGUCGGACUCAAUGAAGUUCGAGAGGCCCAGGGAAAUGUGACUGAGGCAGAGAAAGUGUUCAUGGUGGCUCGAGGGCUUGUCGGAGAGGCUCGAGAGGACUUGGAAGUUCAGCAGGCCAAGCUGAAGGAGGUGAGGGACCGCUUGGACCGUGUCUCCAGGGAGGACAAUCAGUACUUGGAACUGGCUACUCUGGAGCACAGGAUGCUGCAGGAGGAGAAGAGGCUUCGCCUGGCUUAUCUGCGUGCAGAAGACUCUGAGCGAGAGAAAUUCUCUCUCUUUUCUGCAGCUGUGCGGGAAAGUCAUGAGAAGGAACGCACAAGGGCUGAGAGGACCAAAAACUGGUCCCUCAUUGGGUCAGUCCUGGGGGCCCUGAUCGGUGUGGCUGGCUCCACCUAUGUGAACCGCGUUCGGCUACAGGAGCUGAAAGCCUUACUUCUGGAGGCACAGAAGGGGCCUGUGAGUCUCCAGGAGGCCAUUCGAGAACAGGCAUCUAGCUAUUCCCUCCAGCAGAAGGACCUUCACGACCUCAUGGUGGACCUGAGGGGCCUGGUGCACGCUGGGCCAGGCCAGGCCUCUGGGUCACGGGCAGGUAUUUUCCCCACCCGAGACAGAGACACAGAUGUCCUUUCAGCUGCCUUGAAAGAGCAGCUCCGUCAUUCCAGGCAGGUCCAGUCAUGUCUAGAAGGUUUACGAGAACAACUUGAUGGCCUAGAAAAGACUUUCAGUCAAAUGGCUGGGGAGGUUCAGCUUGCAAAGGCGUCACCCACAGGCCUGGUGGAGCCAGCAGACAGGGCACUGCCCAGCUCCUUGCUGGAACAGGGGAGCAUGAUGUUGGCACUGUCGGAUACGGAGCAGAGGCUAGAAGCCCAUGUCAACAGGAACACCAUCUACAGCACGCUGCUCACUUGUGUGACAUUUGUGGCCACACUGCCUGUGCUCUACAUGCUAUUCAGGGCCAGCUAGCCCCAGGACCAUCCUCUGGAGUGUGGAUUUAGUUAGAGAAUCCCAGCAAUGAGCUGAGCUGGGGCGCACACAACCUCAGCCUGAAGGAGCACCAUCUGUGUGGCUCACCAGCAGGCAUACUUUGCUUUGUAGGCAACACUCAUUUAUAUUAAUUACCAAAACUUUGUGCUAAUGUCCAAUUAAAAUGUCUUAAGUUUUUAUUUAAAACAA